AUGGGGCUGCAGCCCCUGGAGUUCAGCGACUGCUAUCUCGACAGUCCCUGGUUCAGGGAGAGGAUCCGCGCCCACGAAGCGGAGCUGGAGAGGACCAACAAGUUCAUCAAAGAGCUCAUCAAGGACGGGAAAAACCUUAUCUCUGCGACCAAAAGUCUUUCAGCGGCCCAGCGGAAGUUUGCUCAUUCGCUCAGAGACUUUAAGUUCGAGUUUAUCGGUGAUGCGGAGACCGAUGAUGAGCGUUGUAUAGAUGCUUCCUUACGUGAGUUUUCAAAUUUUUUGAAGAAUCUGGAAGAACAGAGAGAAAUUAUGGCAUUAAGCGUAACUGAAACCCUGAUUAAACCCUUGGAAAAAUUCAGAAAAGAGCAACUCGGUGCUGUAAAGGAAGAAAAAAAGAAGUUUGACAAAGAGACAGAAAAGAAUUAUAGCCUAAUUGAUAAACAUUUGAAUUUAUCAGCAAAAAAGAAAGAUUCCCACUUGCAAGAGGCAGAUAUCCAGGUGGAGCAAAAUCGGCAACACUUUUAUGAGCUAUCUCUUGAAUAUGUAUGUAAGCUUCAGGAAAUCCAAGAGAGAAAGAAGUUUGAGUUUGUGGAACCUAUGCUGUCCUUUUUUCAAGGAAUGUUUACUUUCUAUCAUCAGGGACAUGAACUUGCCAAAGACUUCAAUCACUACAAAAUGGAACUGCAGAUCAAUAUUCAGAAUACACGGAAUCGUUUUGAAGGAACAAGAUCAGAAGUAGAAGAACUUAUGAACAAAAUCAGACAGAAUCCCAGGGACCACAAGCGAGCAAGCCAGUUUACAGCAGAAGGCUACCUUUAUGUACAGGAAAAAAGGCCUGCUCCAUUUGGUUCUAGUUGGGUGAAACACUACUGCAUGUACCGGAAGACAGCCAAGAGGCUCACCAUGAUCCCAUUUGAGCACAGAUCUGGGGGCAAACUUGGAGAUGGAGAUGUCGUCUUUUUAAAAGAAUGUACAAAACGGCAUACUGACUCCAUUGACAGAAGGUUUUGUUUUGAUGUAGAAGUUGCUGACCGCCCUGGUGUUUCCUUGACGAUGCAAGCAUUUUCAGAAGAGGAAAGGAAGCAAUGGAUGGAGGCACUAGGUGGAAAAGAAGCUCUCUUCCAUAAUUUUAAUAGAGCUCUCCCAAGACCGGAAGGAAGUGCACAGUUGGAUAAAAUGGGAUUCACAAUUCUCAGAAAAUGCAUCAACGCUGUUGAAACACGAGGUAUAAAUGACCAAGGAUUAUACAGAGUUGUGGGGGUGAGUUCAAAGGUCCAGAGACUUCUGAGUAUGUUGAUGGAUGUAAAGACAUGCAAUGAAGUAGACCUGGAGAAUUCCAUUGAUUGGGAAGUGAAGACAAUAACAAGUGCCCUGAAGCAGUAUUUGAGGAGUCUACCAGAGCCUCUCAUGACCUAUGAGUUGCAUGGGGAUUUCAUUGUUCCAGCCAAAAGUGGAAGUCCAGAAUCUCGUGUUAAUGCUAUUCAUUUCUUGGUCCACAAACUGCCAGAGAAAAAUAAAGAAAUGUUGGAUAUCUUGGUGAAACACUUAACAAACGUUUCAAAUCACUCCAAGCAGAACCUAAUGACCGUGGCCAACUUAGGAGUGGUGUUUGGACCAACUCUGAUGAGGCCGCAGGAAGAAACUGUUGCUGCCAUCAUGGAUUUGAAGUUUCAGAACAUUGUCGUGGAAAUCUUAAUUGAAAACCAUGAAAAGAUUUUUAGGACCCUGCCUGAUGCCACAUUCCCUGAGCCAGUCUCGCUGUCAACGUCACCCCCCAAUGCACCACCAAGGCAAUCGAAGAGACAAGGACAGAGGAAUAAGAGACCUGUGGCUGUAUAUAAUCUCUGUCUUGAGCUGGAAGAUGGUGACAGUGCCCACCCUCCUAAGGAGGAGACACCUACCAGCAGUCUAGACUCGCUUUCCUCACCAUCUCCUACCGCUGCAGCUGUCCAGGGGCCUCCAGGACCAGACAGAAACCACCUUCUCACAGAUGGCGAGAGCUCUGGGGAUUGGACAACUGCUUCCUCCAGUCAAAGUCGAUCAUCUAUGGUCCAGUGGCUUAACCCCCAGUCUUUAACCACACCGAGCUCCAAUCCAAUUGCUACUACACCUUCUUCACCAAAGUUGUCACCUUUCCCUCUUUCUCUUCCGGCCACCAUAGUGGACAAGCCACCUGAAAGCGUGACCAAUCGGAAGGCUCGAGCGGUGUAUCCAUGUGAGGCGGAGCACAGCUCGGAAUUAUCUUUUGAAAUAGGAGCAAUCUUUGAGGAUGUGCAAACCUCCAGGGAGCCUGGCUGGCUGGAAGGCACUCUGAACGGCAAGCGGGGGCUGAUUCCACAGAACUACGUCAAGCUGCUGUAG